AUGACGACUCCUACCAACAUUGAUGCCAAGGAUAUUCGAGCACACUGGGCCAAAUAUCAGGGCGACAAGGAUGUUGCGGGCUGGGCCUCCCUCUGGGACAAAUGUGAUAAUCUGCCCUGGGAUCGUGGCUUCCCCCACCCCGCGCUAGAAGACACCCUCGCCCAGCGAGCUGGCACCAUUGGCGGGCCCAUCACCGAGGACGGUGAGAGGCGGAAGGCCCUGGUGCCGGGCUGUGGACGUGGAGUCGACGUGCUCUUAUUCGCGAGCUUUGGGUAUGAUGCCUAUGGCCUGGAGUGCAGCGCCGCGGCUGUCGAAUCCUGCAAGAAGGAGGAGAAGGAGAACCAUAGCCGGUACCGCGUGCGAGAUGAGAAAGUUGGGAGAGGGAAGGUUACUUUCGUCCAGGGGGAUUUCUUUGAUGAUACCUGGUUGAAGGAAAUUGGAGUACCUCGAAAUGGAUUCGAGGUCAUUUAUGAUCACACGUUUUUCUGUGCUCUGAACCCAGAGCUCCGUCCUAAAUGGGCUCUCCGACACACCGAGCUCCUUGCUUCCUUACCUGUGGGCAAGGAUAAGAAUGGGGUGAUCCAUGACAGAGUCUCUAUUUGGCGUCGACGUGACUAG